UGGAGGCGCCCCAGGCUGAUUUCUGGGACAGGGAGUUCCUGGACACAGGCACUGAGCAUCCCCACAGCCCCCUAGACUGGCCCAUGAGCACGAGAAGCCCUGAGAGUGUGUGGGGGUGGCCUGUGUGCAAGGCAGCGCAGCGAGCCUCUCUGCAGAACCCACAGGCUGUGCUGGGUGAGGAGUUCUCCCUCAGCCUCCUCUGGAGCUGACGCUGGGGGAGAGCGCCACGAGCCUCCCUGCCUGAAUUAUCUGCACUUCACACAGGAGGAAACGGAGGCACAGAGUUUUAGCUCCUCUUGGCCAGAGCCAGGAUCUGAACCCAGGCGUCCGAACCUUGGUGAUCCUGCGGGGCAGAGUGAGUUGGGGGAUGGAAUUGCAUCUCUCACAAAGUGCCCAGCACAGGCUGGGCCCCUACAGAGGCAGGACAAUGCCAUUCUCUGUCUCAUGGGGCGUCCUCCUGCUGGCAGGCCUGUGCUGCCUGGUCCCCAGCUCCCUGGCUGAGGAUCCCCAGGAAGAUGCUGCCCAAAAGAUGGAUACAUCCCACCAUGAUCAAGGGGACUGGGAGGACCCUGCUUGCCAGAAGAUCUCCUAUAACAUCACUGACCUCGCCUUUGAUUUGUACAAAGAGCUGGCUGAUCUAUCACAAACCGGCAAUAUCUUAGUCGCCCCAACGAGCGUGGCUACGGCUUUUGCAAUGCUCUCCCUGGGGACCAAGGCUGACACUCGCACGGAGAUCCUGGAAGGCCUGAAUGUCAACCUCACGGAGACGCCUGAGGCCAAGAUCCACGAAUGCUUCCAGCAAGUUCUCCAAGCCCUCAGCAGGCCAGACACCCAGCUCCAGCUGACCACCGGCAGUAGCCUGUUUGUUAACAAGAGUAUGAAGCUAGUGGACACGUUUUUGGAGGAUAUCAAGAAGCUGUACCACUCAGAAGCCUCUUCCAUCAACUUCAGGGACACCGAGGAGGCCAAGGAGCAGAUCAACAAUUAUGUGGAGAAAAGAACUGGAAGAAAAGUAGUGGAUUUGGUCAAACACCUGAAAAAAGACACAAGUCUUGCCCUGGUGGAUUACGUUUCCUUUCACGGCAAAUGGAAAGAUAAAUUCAAGGCUGAGCGCAUUAUGGUAGAGGGCUUCCAUGUGGAUGAUAAGACCAUCAUCAGAGUGCCUAUGAUAAACCACCUGGGUAGAUUUGACAUCCACCGGGACAAGGAGUUAUCCAGCUGGGUGCUGGCACAGCACUAUGUGGGGAAUGCCACUGCCUUCUUCAUCCUGCCCGACCCAAAGAAGAUGUGGCAGUUGGAAGAAAAAUUGACCUACAGCCACCUUGAAAAUAUCCAGAGAGCCUUUGACAUAAGGUCUAUCAAUCUACAUUUUCCCAAACUGUCCAUUUCUGGAACCUACGAACUCAAGAGAGUCCUCAGGAAUCUGGGCAUCACCAAGAUCUUCAGCAACGAGGCCGACCUCUCUGGAGUCAGUCAGGAGGCACCCCUGAAGCUCUCCAAGGCUGUCCAUGUGGCUGUGCUCACCGUUGAUGAGAAAGGGACCGAAGCCACCGGAGCCCCCCAUCCGGAGGAGAAGGCCUGGUCUAAGCAUCAGACAGUCAUGUUCAACCGGCCCUUCCUGCUCAUCAUCAAGGAUGACAUCACCAACUUCCCGCUCUUCAUUGGAAAAGUGGUGAAUCCCACCCAAAAAUAACUGCCUCUCACUCCUCAGCCCCUCCCCUCCACCCCUGGCCCCCUUCCCUGGAUGACAUUAAAGAAAGGCUGAACUGCCCCCUGCCUGCGUGUGACU